AUGCUGUUCUCCGCUAUCUUAUCAAUCGGCUACUCACUGUCUCAGGACAAGAAUGUAUCUGUCGACAACGAUAUACCUGCAAACCACUGGGCUGUCCUCAUCGCCGGUUCCAACACUUAUAAGAACUACCGACAUCAAGCUGACUUAUGUCAUGCGUAUCAGAUUCUCAGAGGAAAUGGUGUACCCAAGGAGCACAUCAUCACUUUGUCGUAUAAUGAUGUUGUCAAUCACCGUUAUAACCCUUUCAAGGGACAACUAUUUAACAAACCAACGGGUGCCCGCCCUGGCGUUGAUGUCUAUAAAGGUUGCGAGAUAGACUAUAGUGGCGAGGAGGUCACGGUCAAAAACUUACAAGGAGUUCUAACCGGCGAUAAGUCGCUAGCAUCGGGGAAAGUUCUGGAAAGCACCGAGAACGAUUACGUCUUCAUCAAUUUUCAUGCUGUGGUUGCUAACGUAUCUUUUCGCGUCUGUCUCGGAGACCUUUUCUCUGUAAACUGGAUGGAGAAUGAAGACUUCCUUUCCGCGACUGGCUACAAUGAGACUCUGGAGCAGCAAUAUGACCUGGUCAAAAACGAAACCACUUUCAGUCAUGUUAUGCAGUAUGGAGACACCACAUUCACCAACGACUCUACCCAAUAUUUCAUGGGUAGCAGGAACGGAAAGUUCAAGUUGAUCGGUUCCGAUUAUGCUCCUGGGUCCGACGCGACCGUUGAGCAUGUCUUCGGGGAGUUUUUUGGACGACCGAAGCCGCAGGGCAUGACGGUUGAAGAGGAAGUCGCAAGGGAGAAGGAAAGGCUCCGCGCUAUCAAGCAAGUUAGUAGCGUACCAUCAAGGAUGAUUCCCAUUCACAUAAAAUACAGCGAGCUGAGGGAAGAAGAGGGGAAGCCGAGCAACUACAGAAGGCAGUUAGAAGUCGCUAAGGAACUCCUUCAGACCGUCGAGGAAAGGAUUCGUGAGAUUGAGGAAAUGAUGGAUCGCAAUGAGCAUUUACGCCUGGAACGCGAUUUAGCCCACAGCUAA